CAUUCCUGCAGAGAAGGCAAAACAAAUAUCACGGGGAUUAUAUUAUCCGAUCAACACUCUUAUCUGCUCACAAGUCUCCGAGCAACCACCGGCCAGCGCAAAGGUUGUACCAACCGGAAUUUUUCUAUUUCAGAACGGAAAUUAAGAAAUUAAACUGAGCAUUAUAUUGCGUGCGAUCACGACACAGACAAAGAAUACCACGUUGGGUUAGUUGGUGUUUUGUCGGUUGGUCUUUCCAUAUCCUAAAUUCUUCAACAAAAAUCUCUUCUUCUUCUUCUUCUUCUUCCUCUACUCCAGUUUCUGUCUUCAUUCUUCUUAGAUUCUCCGUUAGUUGUGAUGAGGACUUUGUGCCCCAACUUGGACAGAAUGGAUGGGCUAGAAACGGUUCUUGAAGUUCCGAUACCGGAUGAAGUAUACUCCUCUCCCAAGGACGUGAAAGCCUGGGUGAAAUCCCACCGGGAAUCCUCCAUUUCCGGCGGCCGGAACGGCGAAAUUCAGCUCUUGCUUGGCGUCAUCGGAGCUCCUCUUAUCCCUCACCCGGUCCGUCCCCACCAUUUCCCUAACAACAAAAUCAACGAUCACCCCAUUGAGACGGCGAUGGCGAAGUAUAUAGUGUUGCAGUACAUAGCGGCGGCGGGAGGAGAGAGUGCGAUGGGUUGCAUUGAGAAUAUGUAUGCGAUGGGUAAGGUGAAGGUGGCGUCAGCGUUUGUGUGCGAAGAUAAUGCAGGGUCUGGUUUGAACGGCGGCGAGAAGAAGGUGAUGAAGAUGAUGAAGAGGAAGAGCAAUAAUGGAGCACAGGGUGAAAUGGGUGGUUUUGUUGUGUGGCAGAAGAGGCCGGAUCUUUGGAGCUUGGAGCUGCUGGUUUCCGGCUGUAAAAUCAGCGCUGGCAGCGACGGCAAGGUGGCUUGGCGACAAACCCCCUGGCAUAAUUCUCAUGCUGCCCGUGGUCCACCUAGACCCCUUCGUCGCACCUUACAGGGUCUGGAUCCAAUGUCAACAGCAAAUCUAUUCUCCAACUCAAUAUGCAGCGGCGAGAGAACGGUGAACGGAGAGGAGUGUUUUGUCCUGAAGCUGGAAGCGGAACCCACAGCUCUGAAAGCAAGGAGCAGCAGCAACGUGGAGAUAGUGAGGCACACAGUGUGGGGCUAUUUCAGUCAAAGAACCGGCCUCCUAAUCCAGCUACAAGACUCCCACCUUCUCAGAAUCAAGUCGCCGGGAAACCAUGACGUCCUCUGGGAGACCACCAUGACGUCGCUCAUCCAAGACUACCGCACCCUCAAAGGAGUCAACAUAGCUCACGCCGGCAGAACGUCGGUUUCGUUGUCGCGAUUGGACGAAAACUCCGAACCUCACACCAUAACGAGGAUGGAAGAGGUUUGGAGCAUUGAGGAAGUGGACUUUAACGUUAAGGGCCUGUCUGCUGAUUCUUUCUUGCCUCCCAGUGACUUGUUCAACAAGCCCAAGGGAGCUGAUAAACUAUCUGCACUCUUAUCCUCCAGAAAAAAAACAUGAUUAGUUACCACAUUAACUCUGCAAUCUAAUAAUAAUAAGGUAAAACAAUGAAGAAGAAAAUGAUAUUAUUGUAAAUUUAGAGAAGUUUUAUAGUAUUGUAUCUACUUUUUAUUCAAUGUAAUUGUAUUUUAUUUUACAAAAAAUGAUAACACCAAUGCGGUAAGAAAAACAAAAACAGCGGGUCUGCUGAGCUCGCUUGAAUGAUCUAAAUGCAAA